ACUUGGUAAUUAACUAAUCGACGUUCAUUUCGAAGUGACCCCCUGACAAACUAAAUAGUUUUCGGAUAAAGCUCGAGCCCAGUCACUGGCUGACCCCCAACGAGCCGAAAACCUUGGCAUCCGGGUCCAACGUAGCACUUUCUUUUUGUCCGCGGCGGAGAAAAAUCAAUAUACGCAUGGGAUAUCGGGAAUCCGGCUGCCACAAUGGGUUCCCUAUUCCGCAGCGAGGAAAUGGCGCUGUGCCAGCUGUUCCUGCAGAGCGAGGCGGCCUACGCCUGCGUCUCCGAGUUGGGAGAACUGGGAUUGGUCCAGUUCCGAGAUCUCAAUCCCGAUGUCAACGCUUUCCAGAGGAAGUUCGUCAACGAGGUGCGCCGCUGCGAUGAGAUGGAGCGCAAGCUGCGUUACCUGGAGAAGGAGAUCAAGAAGGACGGCAUCCCCAUGUUGGACACCGGGGAGAGUCCCGAGGCCCCGCAGCCCCGCGAGAUGAUCGACCUGGAGGCCACCUUUGAGAAGCUGGAGAACGAGCUGAGGGAGGUGAAUCAGAACGCCGAGGCCCUGAAGCGCAACUUUCUGGAGCUGACCGAGCUGAAGCAUAUUUUGCGCAAAACCCAAGUGUUCUUCGAUGAGUCGGUGCCCACGGUGUACAAGUCGAGUGGCGCAUACUCAUCCAGCAAAUAUCGGCGCUAUCCGCAGAUGGCCGACAACCAAAACGAGGACGAGCAGGCGCAGCUGCUGGGCGAGGAGGGUGUCCGGGCCAGCCAACCGGGCCAGAAUUUGAAGCUUGGCUUCGUGGCUGGCGUCAUCCUGAGGGAGCGACUGCCGGCCUUCGAGCGGAUGUUGUGGCGCGCCUGCAGGGGUAACGUCUUCCUGCGACAGGCGAUGAUUGAGACGCCGCUGGAGGAUCCCACCAAUGGCGACCAGGUGCACAAGUCCGUGUUUAUAAUCUUCUUCCAGGGUGACCAGCUGAAGACGCGCGUCAAGAAGAUCUGCGAGGGCUUCCGGGCCACGCUCUAUCCUUGCCCUGAAGCUCCAGCCGAUCGGCGAGAGAUGGCCAUGGGUGUGAUGACUCGCAUCGAAGAUCUGAACACCGUGCUCGGCCAGACGCAGGACCAUCGCCAUCGUGUGCUGGUCGCUGCGGCCAAGAAUCUUAAGAACUGGUUCGUCAAGGUGCGCAAGAUAAAGGCCAUCUACCAUACGCUGAAUCUCUUCAAUCUGGACGUGACCCAGAAGUGUCUGAUCGCCGAGUGCUGGGUACCGCUGCUGGACAUUGAAACCAUCCAGCUGGCCUUGCGCCGCGGAACCGAAAGAUCGGGAUCGUCGGUGCCGCCAAUUCUCAACCGGAUGCAGACGUUCGAGAAUCCACCGACCUACAAUCGAACGAAUAAGUUUACCAAGGCCUUUCAGGCAUUGAUCGAUGCCUAUGGCGUGGCCAGCUAUCGGGAGAUGAAUCCGGCACCCUACACGAUCAUCACCUUCCCCUUCCUGUUCGCCGUGAUGUUUGGAGAUUUGGGCCACGGAGCUAUCAUGGCGCUCUUUGGUCUCUGGAUGAUUCGAAAGGAGAAGGGACUGGCGGCUCAGAAGACGGACAACGAGAUCUGGAACAUAUUCUUUGGCGGACGGUACAUCAUCUUCCUCAUGGGCGUCUUCUCCAUGUACACGGGUCUUAUAUACAACGAUAUAUUCUCCAAGUCGCUGAAUAUCUUUGGAUCGCAUUGGCACUUAUCCUACAACAAGUCCACCGUGAUGGAGAACAAGUUCCUGCAGUUGAGCCCGAAAGGCGACUACGAGGGCGCUCCGUAUCCGUUCGGCAUGGAUCCCAUUUGGCAGGUGGCGGGAGCCAAUAAGAUCAUCUUCCACAACGCUUACAAGAUGAAGAUCUCGAUCAUUUUCGGUGUUAUUCACAUGAUCUUCGGUGUGGUGAUGAGCUGGCACAAUCAUACGUAUUUCAGGAACAGGAUCUCCCUGCUCUACGAGUUCAUUCCCCAGCUGGUCUUCCUGCUGCUGCUUUUCUUCUACAUGGUUUUGUUGAUGUUCAUCAAGUGGAUCAAGUUUGCCGCCACCAAUGAUAAGCCCUACUCCGAAGCCUGUGCGCCUUCAAUCCUGAUCACCUUUAUCGACAUGGUGCUUUUUAACACGCCCAAGCCACCUCCGGAGAACUGUGAAACCUAUAUGUUCAUGGGCCAGCACUUUAUCCAGGUGUUAUUCGUCCUGGUUGCCGUCGGCUGCAUUCCCGUAAUGUUGCUGGCCAAGCCGCUGCUCAUCAUGCAGGCCCGCAAGCAGGCGAACGUACAGCCCAUUGCAGGAGCAACUUCAGAUGCAGAAGCCGGCGGCGUGUCCAAUAGCGGCUCACACGGUGGUGGCGGUGGCCAUGAGGAGGAAGAGGAGCUCUCUGAGAUCUUCAUUCACCAGAGCAUCCACACCAUCGAGUACGUCCUAGGUUCGGUAUCCCACACCGCUUCCUAUCUGCGAUUGUGGGCGCUUUCCUUGGCCCAUGCCCAGUUGGCUGAGGUGCUGUGGACCAUGGUCCUAUCGAUUGGCUUGAAGCAGGAAGGGCCGGUGGGUGGCAUUGUAUUGACCUGCGUGUUUGCCUUCUGGGCCAUUCUCACCGUUGGCAUUCUGGUACUCAUGGAGGGCUUGUCUGCCUUCCUGCACACCCUGCGUCUCCAUUGGGUCGAGUUCCAGAGCAAGUUCUACAAGGGCCAGGGUUACGCCUUCCAACCCUUCUCGUUUGAUGCCAUCAUAGAAAACGGAGCUGCCGCCGCCGAGGAGUAAAUAAAGCGGAAUAUCGGUCAGAGCAACAACCAAAGCACGUUGAGAGUCUCAUUGCGUUAUAUGAAAUUAACUAUCCAAAUAAGUGGAAUCUACCAGUUACAGUAACAAACAUAUAUGUACGUUUUAAUGUUUAAUUGUCGUGAAUUUAUCUAUGUAUGUAUAUCGUAUAGCCCCAGCAAACGUUAGAUUGCUAACAAUAUUUAAUGUUCUUCGUAGACGUUCUCCUGUUUAUUAACUAUACUUGUAAACUCAAAUAAAUAGAAAAGGCUAACCCCUUGGGGUUGGCACCAAAAG